CAUGCCAGUCGUUGACUACAUUACAACCACGGCACCAGUCGCCUCAGUUUCUUCUUCAAGCAUUCAACUGUUCAGGUCAUCAUAAUCUCAUUUGAAACACUACUUGCAGCAAUCUAGAGCGAUCGAUGUGGACUCCGUCUUAAUCGUCCGCACCUUGUGCAGCGUUGUUCGUUCUUGUGUAGUUGUUGGAAGUGCAGUGUACGAUGUAGGUCGGUCCCUGCCCUACCAACAGAACACCAGUGAUAGACUGCCCCGGUCUCGUGGGCAUAAUCCAUGUGCCAGACUGCAGACUGCAGUGCAAGUGUGACCAGUGGUGCAUGUAGCUAGGAAGGCAACAGUCUUUCUCACACCACUGCAGACUAUCUUCUGGGAUUAGUGAUGCCUGUGCGGAUGUCAGUGCUCAGGAAGCGUAACAGAACUGCCACUCGUGCAACUGCGGCCCAUCAGGCGGUCGUCAUGCUCAGUCAUGGAACUGGAUGGCUCCUGUACAUCAUGCUUUUCAUUCUGCUAAUGUCUGAGCCACUGUCCGCAGGGGACACAGGUUGCCCACUGAAGGGAACUGCCGCUUAUCCCAUCCAACCCUUGCCCGCGGAUUUAUUUGGUCCGCUAUCUCACGAGAACGAAUCAACAUGGAUGGUGUUGAUCAAUAACGUCAUCAUGUUCCGGGAAAGCAACAGAAGUAUGUAUACUCCCCAUCUUAUGUACAUGUACAAACAGUUUCAAGGUGCAGAAGCAUAUCUAGGCGUGGCAGUGUACGAAACAAGCUAUGUGGGUGGCCAGACGUGGCAAGUGUUUGAACGUGAAAUCAACUUGCGCAGAGCUCUGGGUCCGAAGUGCUGCUGCUUCCAAGGAAUGCCAAAUGUAGCUCUGUCCCCGUCCAAGGAAGAGAUCUUUCUACAUGGUUUUCCGGGCCCUGGUGAAUGCAACAAUUGGCUACUGGUGUAUGGCGAUAGGACAACAAGAGUCAUGAGUAUACAGGGACAGUACUUGCCAGGGAGUCCUGCUGCUGGAGAGAUCGGUUCAACUCUGGUUACCGUUAGUGCUCGCAUGCCAACUGGCAGAGCAGGCCAUCCACUGAGUUCGUCACGCAUUUACCUGAUAUCAUAUGGCGGCUAUGCUGGGACUGAUUCGUCACAUGCCCAGCUACAUCGGGUACUCAUCGAAGGCGGACGGCACAAUGAUUCUAUCGCCAAAUGGGAAAAUGUGAAAACGGAUGGACACCAAGUCCCACAGGCGCGACAUUUCGCCAGACUCUUUGCUGAUGGAGACACGUCACUGAUAUUCAUUGGUGGAUGGAAACCUGUGCACUCUUCAAAAUCUAAGGUGAAUGUACAAGUUUCGCCAGAAAUCUGGAGAUUCAACCUAUCAUCAAGGACGUGGAUAGACCUGGGAAACCGCGGCAACGGAUUCAACAGGCCAGCCCAAAAGAACUGCUUACCUACGCCACCCGACGUGUCAUACGUUGCUUCUCAGAGAAAGGUGCUCAUUAGAGACAAAUCGUGCAACCCCAAAAACCUCCUGUGUUCCUUCAUAGUGUGUGAUAUUCAGCAGUGGUCGGCCGGCUGUACAGCAAUAUCUGCUCCAGUAUACACAUUGGCGCCGCUCAUUGAUAUGUGUUCAUAUCACAUGUCCUCAUCGGAUCCCUCUUUCAUUUUCACAUCGGCGACAGGAAAGGAAGUGAUAUUAGCACAAAUCAACGCGGCAUGCGAACCCAUUCACCGCAAUCAGCUUUACCUCACUCAGCAAGUACCGGUAGUCUACCCAUACCUGUUACAAAUUUCUGAUCAAUUUCCUGGAUUUUCCCUUGAAAAAGAGGAAAAUAACGUUAUGUCUUCCGUGAGGCCAUCUGUGGUCAAAGCUCCGGCAAGUGCUGCAGAAAAGGAACUUGAGUACAAGUUUGUGUUCUUCGGAGGAGACAGUCACGUGAUCAGGGAUGCAAACAAUUUUCCUUACUCCAAGCAGCCUGGUAAGGUAUUUCCCAUGGCCGUGUGGAUUUUACGAGACUACAAAGAUACAAUAGGAACCGUGGCGCAGGGUCAAUACGAAUACACACUUCUGUACCCGGACCCUGGACCAGCCUGUCCUCGCCGUCAAUAUCACACUGUUAACUUGAUUACAAACAAGACAGUUGUCAUGUAUGGAGGUUACGAAACACAAAGCAACGGUAAAGUCAUUGGAGACUUUGACCCAUAUCCGUGGUGCUUCAACCUUCAGAUAAACUUCUGGAUGCAAGCAACUGUUCAAACCAGGACUACUCCCCCUCCGCGAGGAGAGCAUGUAUCAUUCCGGUACAACUCCACAGCCAUGGUGGUACAUGGUGGUCUUGACCCAGCGAGUAGUGAUGUCGCCCUGGCUGCCCUGGGUGAUUUGUGGAUGUUCAUCAUGGACGACGAAGAUCUCUGCACAGGGAGAUGGCAUAACCUCACAGCACACGUGAUGAAAGGUUCCCUAUCCAACCAGUACGGCCACACAGCCACAGCAACCGAAUAUGGAGUACUUCUGUUCGGCGGAUUUCCACCUGUGCCUUCUCUUUCCCGACUCACGUUUCUCGACAUACGCUCUGCUAGCAAUGUGAUCGUUCAUUAUAUUCCAUCCAGUCCAAACAUCCCAAGCCGAUGGGCCCAUAGUCUAGCCUUUGCAAAUAACAAGGACUUAGUUCUCCUUGGAGGGCGCUACAAGGAUGCGGACGGGGAGGAAUGUGCCGCAGAAUGGGCAAUGUUGCUUCAGUUCACAACAAACCAAACGGCGACAGUCGCAACAUGGACUCCAUUCUUCAAAGAACGUAUAACACACCAUAUUGUUCUCGGCGACAUGGUGUUUGGUGGUAUGGUGGAUGGCUUGUGCAAUAAUGAUGGACGUGGAGUGCGCCGUUUCAUCCAAUUAAACACUGCUACUUUGUGUCCCAGAGGAUAUGAGCAUGACGAAAACAAUGCGUGUCGUGCGUGUUCACUUGGGUAUUACUCAUCUACUCUGCAAGAACCAUGCAUCGAAUGCAACCAAUCACUGACAUCCACCGACGUGGCAGCUACAUCUUGUGCUCCGGAGAGCCCAUGCAAACCUCACACUUGCAAUCAGCAUGGAGAUUGUAUCGUGGACGAAGAAAACUUCAAACAUGCCUGCAUUUGUCAAUUCGGAUAUCUUCCCAGCGAUGAUUGUAAAACUCCAAUGGUGUAUCUCAUAUUAGUCGCAGCCCUGAUGUUCACGAUCGUGGGGACUUCACUGGUCAUUUCCCUUAUUCAGUUCUUGAGAAAGAAGAGAGCGUUGCACGCCAAGGAAAUUGAACUUGUGAACACAAAUCGUGACCUUUACCGCUCCAAAAGGAAACUCAGCCAAAUCGAUCAUGGAACACGUAUUGCCUGGUCUGAUCUGAGGAUCAGAAAACAAUUGGCCACUGGAAGGUUCUGCAAAGUGCUACUGGCUGAGUUAGGAGACAUCCCUGUUGCUGUCAAACAACUUCCUCCAUUUGUUUCCACUGAAUCACCAUAUGAUGCAUUCAUCCAGGAAGCUGAAGUUCUUCGCACCUUACGCCACCCCAAUAUUGUCAUGUUCUUGGGAGCGGGAAGAGACAAAAGAUCGGGUCGGCCAUUUCUAGUGAUGGAAUACUUACGGCGAGGCUCACUUUAUGAUGUUCUGCAUGAUCAGUCCAAUGCCAUUGAACAAUCAGAUCGACUUCGCUUUUCUCUGGAUGCGGCACGUGGUGUAAGGUAUCUCCAUAACACAAGUCCUCCGAGAAUUCAUCGUGAUCUCAAGUCAGCCAACCUGCUUGUCAGUGAUAAAUGGGUGGUGAAAGUGGCUGACAUGGAAACUACACGAUUCCUGGCCAUCCUGCAUGCAAACGCCGAGUUGAAUAAGACCUCAACGCCAACGGGGGCUGAGCAGACAGGACAUGGGAAUGGUCCCAUUCGUACUACAUCCUUCACAAGCCAGCAGCAGCAGCAGUCUGAUGGGCUGACAGCACCUCUACUGUCCAGUGCAUCCAGUGAUGUUAACCAUAGUGAUCCUGAUAUGGACAGAAACUCAGACGCAGAGGCUAUGACAUCACGCAUUGGAAUGACGUGCGGAGUAGGUACUGAUCGCUGGAGAUCACCUGAGUCUAUCAAGAAGAAUAUGUACACGGAGAAACACGACGUAUACAGCUUUGGCGUGGUGAUGUGGGAGCUGUCCACUCGCAGGAUACCUUAUGGACACCUGCACAACUCUGAUGAUAUUCUGGAUGAAAUUUCCAGCGGUGGCAAGCUCGUCUUCCCACCAAGCAUACCGUAUGCCUAUCGUCAUCUUGCUGAGCAGUGCAUCAAGGCCGAUCCUGAAGAGCGGCCACCAAUGCAUCGCGUUGUUCACGAGCUGAUGACUCAACUUGAUGCAAUCUGAAUUGUAUCUAAUUUUUGUAGUUGCAACGCUCCACGUAGGUUAGUGCAUGCAGCUAGCAAGAUGUAAGCUCCCUGGCAGCCUAUUCCCUCUUGACUUGAGGCUACUAGUCGACUGCUACGACAUAAUUCUCUGCGACUAUGACAUAAUACAUGUACUCUGCCUUGCCUACAUGACUGUACUAUUGGCUGCUGAUCCGGACCGUGCCGGUACAUCUUCGGAAACAUUUCACAUGCAGCAGGGUUGGGCUCGAUCUUAAUUAAUAAUGUUUUUCUCGAGGGAAGCACUGUGCAUCGUCAGGAUAUGGUGUGCUCCAAUGGCAAUCGUCUAGUUUAUUCAUCACAUCCUAAUCAAAGGUGAAACGGUUCGGGUAAGAAACCGGUUUUGGAACCGCCAGCUGAAAAGAAUCGGGUACCCGUUCCGUCAAAUUUUGAACCGAAACUCGAAAAUCUCGUUCUCGUGCAAAUACAUGUACACGUCAAGUCUAUUGAAGAUUUUAAAAAUGUCUUACAUUACGAUCACCGCCCUUCCAAAGGGUUCUCCUGGCUGGUCAUUAUCUACUUCGCACAUGGACUCUCUUGCUUGUCAGGGGCGUGCUCGGCCCCCCAACUAGGGGGGUGCACGGGAGCCGAGGGGAGCCCCCCCCCCGGCAAUUUGUUUGCAACCUUUCUUGAAUUUUAGAGCAUAUUUGCAUACAUUACAAUUGCAAUUACCCAGAUUGAAAAUUUUUGGGGGGUGCACGUGCCCCCGUGCCCAUCGCCGAGCACGCGCCUGCUUGUAAACAUGUUUUCUAAAGAAUAAUUGUCACAAACGCAUUUUUGUUGGUCUGGAGAAAACAGUGCGUGGAACCAAUACCCGAACCGUGGGAAACUAUGCUGGCAUUAGGGUACCCGAACAUCAAAAUCAUCGAACCGUCAGUUCACCCCACAAUGUCAGGCUGCUAAUACGUGCACAUGAUCACAUUGUUCAUGUACGAAGUUUGCAUUGUAAUUCUAUAGCACAUUGGUAUUUCGGGCUAAGUAUUGUACUGGUGGUGUUAGUGGACGUUAUAGCGUAACUUGUAGUUCCUUGGUCCUUUUUUUCUUUGCUAUAAAUUCAUCCUUGGCUCUCCAUCCGGUUCCAUAAUUCCUCAGUGGGAGCUUACAUCUCAAUUUUUACCGUUUCAAAGUCUCCAGAACUUGGUCCCCUGUAUACCAGGUGUACAUGACUGUACUCAGUGUAUGUGUUGCCAAGAAUUCAAUAAUAUUGACCCAGGACUUAUUUUAUAAAGGCUUUAUUUUUAAAAUACAGUACUGUACUGAGCUCAUGAACACUGAAGGAGUGACACACUUCAUGCGCUUCAACAACAUCUCGAAAGUUUCUCUGAAGUAUGAGUCACGCAUUCUUCGUUGUUAUUUUUAGCUCUUCUUUCUUGCGCUGUUUCUAUCAC